UGACGGCGCGGGGACGGUGCGGGGCAGGGCCUCAGGAAGGGUCUGGCCUGGGCCUCCUGAAGCCUGAUCCUCUGCAGCGUGAGGGCUGGGAUCUCUGCUGUGAGACUGCCCUCGGUCACCGCCCUGGUUCUAGGGUGGGUCAAGGGUGCCCCGACCCGGCCAGAGCCGGGCUCUUCUCUCGGGGUAAGUGCACCUCCCUAGUCUGGGUCCCUCUCUCAUCGGGAGAGAGUGGGGCACCUCUGUGCUCUCAGGUGGAACCAGAGGGAGUCAUGCCCGCCGCCUCCUCCGCCACGCCCUCCUAGGAGGCCCCGUGCCAGCAGGCCGCCCAGGAAGCCCGCUGCUCGGUCUGUGAGGACUGCAGCCGCAUUUGCUCGGACACGACAACCGGUGGGAAGCCAGGAUUGAAGUGCUAAUUAAAUCUCCGGGCUUGGCAAGGGAGCGCGCGGCGCCGGAUCUGCGGAGGAGGAGCGGCGGUCUGGCUGCUGGCGGGCCGGGCUUCUCACGCUGCACUGAGGCGGGACCGCGACGCUGUGCGCGGGUCUCCGAGCGCCCAGCGCAGCGCGGGCGACACGGAUGCGCGCCGGACGCGGCCUGAGGGGUCUGCCCGGCGGGCGGCCGGUGCGCGCGUCCACACUGCCACCCAGCGGCUGCGGAGACGGACAAAGGAGGAACAAAGGGAUGACGGACGCCUGGGAGGGGAGGAGGGGGCCCCAGACCGAGCCGCAGGGAGCCGUCAGGAAAGAGCGGAGCUCGUGUGGUGUCCCCUUCAGGAGCGAGUUGUGACCCCAGGUGGCUGCUCGGACUGCAGGGGGGCAGACGGCUCUAGCCAGGGGUUGUCAUUCCUGCCCUGGUCCCCACCCCCUGCAGCCCUGGGCCCUGGGGGGUCUGGGGGCGAGGGCUGCAGCUAGACGGGGCAGGAAGGCGUUUCCUCGCAGACAGAUGUCCUGUGGCUGUCCAUCUUCUUGUCCCUGGGGCAGCCUUUGUCUGGACAUCCCUGCCUCUUGAUGGGGGUGACAAAGGCUCUCACAUGUGCCCACGGCCGUCUCUGGUGUCGGGGCAAGACGGAGCCCACGUGCCCCUUUGGGGGCAGGUGUUGAGGGAGGGCCUGGAGGGGCCACCAGGUGUAGCCCAGUUUAAUCCAACAGGUCAGACCCGAGGGCAGGGCUGUUUCUUCGCUGUAAGCAAGAAAAUCGGAGUCUGGCUGAUCCCUUGUGACGUCACACAGGCACAGCCCAUCCCUGGGAAACUGAAUUCUCUCCUGCUGGCACCUGAGCGUCAUGAGACCCGGGCUGGCUUGUGGGACAGAAGAAACCUGAUCCUGAACACGGAACCUCAGACUCCUUCCUGGAAGCAUGGCUGACUCCCCCAGGGAAGGAAAAGUGGCCAGGCCUCCAGACUUCACGCAGCUGAUUGACUUGGCGUCUGAGUUUGUAGGAGGAAAGAUUUUAUUUGCAACAGAUGACUUCUUUGCUCCUGCUGAAAAUCUUUUAAAGAGGGACAACCCAAGUUUUAAAGAACACGAGUACACUGAGUUUGGGAAAUGGAUGGACGGAUGGCAGACCAGAAGGAAAAGGAUUCCAGGUCACGACUGGUGCGUGGUCCAGCUGGGCAUCCAGGGUGUUAUCCGGGGCUUCGACGUGGACACGUCCUACUUCACGGGAGAUCACGCCCCUCGAGUGUCGAUUCAAGCGGCAAACUUUGAAGAAGAUAGGCAGCCAGAAAUCCCACAACGAGAAGUCAGGACAGGAGCCGCGGCCACCCCCGAGGAGUUUGAAGCCAUUUCGGAGCUGAAGUCCGACGACUGGAGUUGCUUGGUUGCCAUGACAGAACUGACACCGGGAAAUCCUGCUUCCAGCCACAACUACUUUCCCGUCACUUCCCAGCAGACGUGGAGUCACAUACGACUCAACAUUUUCCCGGAUGGUGGAAUCGCACGUCUUAGGGUAUAUGGUACUGGACAAAAAGACUGGACUGCGGGUGACCCCAAAGAACCAUUAGACCUGGUGACCAUCGCUUACGGGGGUGCCUGUGUAGGAUUUAGCAACGCACAUUUUGGGCACCCAAACAAUAUAAUAGGAGUUGGCACGGCGAAGUCGAUGGCAGACGGCUGGGAAACAGCACGGAGGCUGGACAGGCCCCCGAUACUGGAGAAUGAUGAGAACGGUAUUCUUCUGGUUCCAGGCUGUGAGUGGGCAGUUUUCCGAUUGGCGCAUCCUGGAGUAAUAACUCAAAUCGAAAUUGACACAAAAUAUUUCAAAGGUAAUUCUCCUGAGAGCUGUAAGGUGGAUGGCUGCAUCCUGACGACUCAGGAGGAGGAAGACAUGGUCAGGCAGAAGUGGGACCUUCCGGGCCAUAAGUGGAAGCCACUGCUUCCGGUCACAAAGCUGAAGCCCGAUGAGAUGCAUGUGCUGGACAGCCUGACCCCCGAACUGCAGGACGUCAUCACCCACGCCAAAUUCACCAUCACCCCCGACGGGGGCGUGAGUCGCCUCCGACUCAAGGGCUUUCCCAGCUCCAUCUGCCUCCUGCGGCCCCGCGAGAAGCCCAUGAUGAGGUUCUCGGUGAAGGCGGGGUUCAGGGCGAACCUCUAACCCACACAGAACCUGUACAGUGACUCAGACUCUUCUUCUGAAGUAUUUUCAACACCUGAAACUUAAGUUUCUAGCAAUUAGUGUUUUGAAGGUCAAUAUAAUUCCUGAUGAUUUAAUAAAGUGGUCACUCUCACACAC